CCAGCCGCAUCCCUGUCCGCCGAUCACUCCACAUCGAGAAACCCGAUCGAUACCGUGAGUUCACCGCCGGCCCCGGGCCACGAAGUUGACCGUGACUAGAGAGAAGAAAGAAAGGCAGGAAGGACGAAAAGAGAACGGGUAGCAGCAACGAGCUGUCGCCACUGCCGCCGAAGUAGCCGAAAAGAUGAGGAGUGCCGUAUUAUUGUGCGCGUGUUCGCUGCUGAUCAGCGUCGGAGCCGUCGGCAGGUACAGAGGCCUGGAGUUCUUGGAGUCAUGUUCCAAGAGGGACCCGAGGCUGGAAGCCUGCCUAGCCAGGUCGGCCAACGUACUCACCGAGCACUUCCGUCAAGGUCUCCCGCAGCUGGGCUAUUCGGAAGUAGAGCCGAUCAUCUUGGACGAGUUGCACAUUGCACUCGGUGGCGGUCCAGACGGCUACAGGGCGCAAUUCAAGGAUAUCACCGCGAAGGGGGUCUCCGCCCUGCGAGUGACCGGCCUGAGGACGCGGCUGAGCGACGACGAGGUGCAGCUGCAAUUGGCGCUCAGCAUUCCCAAAAUCAGAGCGGCCGCCAGGUACCGGUCCAGCGGGACCUUAAUCUUGGUGAAGGCUAGCGGCGCCGGGGACUACUGGGGCGAAUACGAUGGCGUUAAGGCCAAAGUCUUCAUCAGGGCGAAGCCGUUUUUGGUCCAGGGCCGCCGUUACCUCAGGCUGCAGCAACUGAAGAUGGACUUUAGCGUGCAGAACAUUAAGAUGGGAGUCGAGAAUGUGCGCGACAGCAAUCCUAUACUACUGGCGGCGCUGAAUCUCUUCAUCAACAGCAACAGCCAGGAGUUGCUGAAGGAGAUGAAACCGGACCUGAGGCGGAAGCUGGUGCAGGUGAUGUCGGCUUUCGUGGAGAAACUGUUCGCGCAAGUGCCGUACGAUGCCUGGAUCACGGAUUAAGAUGCCGGCAACCGACGGAUCGCCGCGGUAGCGAAACUCGAUCGUCGUCAACUUGGAGAGAGAGAGAGAGAGAGAGAGGGAGAGACAGAGAGAGAGAGAGAGAGAGAGAGAGGGGGGGGGAGGGGAGAGAAAGAGAGAAAAAACGAGGGCCCGAGGCGACGAAAACAUUGUUUCCGUCACACAAUGGACGAUAAUCUCGUUGCGCUAAUUGCAACGGAAAUACCGGGCGAGAAUGCGCGACAUGGGCGAGCGAUUAGCCGAGCGAUUAUUCUCGGCGAUUAUUUCCGAGUGUGUCUCGCGAGGAGAAAAACAAUACGUGCAACAAUCGAUGGUCUCCGAUAUAAUAAUUGUCUGGGCGCGCGUCCGAGAAGCGUCCGGCGGGGGAGGGGGGGAGGGGGGGGGGCGUUCUGCUUCGUGCGAUUGUCGCGUCGCACAUACACGAUACAGGGUAUUCCGUAAGAUCCGGCAAGUUUAAGGCUCGCGCGCGAGCGAGAUUCGACUUUGCCUUUGCGGAAGCGUUCUAACAUACAUAUCUGCAUAACGAUGAUCCGAGUAACAUGACAUAAUUGCGCACGCACGCACGCACGCACGCACUGCACGCCUGCAAUUUAAGGGAGAACGCCGUGACCGUGAGACGACGAUGGAUGAUUACCCUGGCGUCCGCUUGAUGAUUCACUCGUUCACUCGUCUGAUUGACGGGCGUCGGCCCGUCGACGUGAAAGAGCAUGACCGUGAAGACCUAUUAUUGUCACUCGAAUCACACUCAGUUCUGCGUGCUCUGGGCGUGCGUACGUGAUUGUAUCACUGGGCCAGGUGGUUAUAACCCAAGUCCGCCUACACCGUCACUCGGUGUAACACUCGCGCGCGUCAUUUUAUUCGGAACUUAACUCAGAGAUAGGUGAGAUUUGCUGAAUCCGAGGGAUUUCUAAUUUUAGGUGUAUACGUAAGUUUUUUACUUUCACCAUGUAUGUACAUAUCGCAUAUGUCAUCCUUUAUCUCCAGUAUUACCAGAGAGGAAAGAAUAAAGAGGAAAAAAGCAUGCUAUCGCUGCAGGGGUGAAUGAUGCCGUUCGACCGCGUCCCGCUUCAGUCAACCGGGAAAAGAGAACGCGGUGCUUGGCUUGAUUUAUUCGUCGGCUCAUAUUCUGAACUCUCUUUCAUCAUUAAAAGUGGCUUAUGAUAAGCCUGCUGAUUGGCUGUAAGCCGCUUUUACAGUCGGUACAGUUUUAGCGAUGAAAGAGAGUUCAGAAUAUGGGCCAUCGUUUCAUCCAUCGCGCAUCUUCGUUGCGCCAUCGUUCCGAGUCCCUCUCCGGACGGAGCACUUGCGACGUCGUCGUGAUUAAUGUUGUAACCUCCUGUUGCUGACAAAGCUCGAGUUCAAGGCGUUCCACCGCGCGGAUUGCGCGUUCGCGGGAUUCGCGAAUUCGUCUCCGCACGUACCGCGAGUCCGCGCGGGGACCGAUCGAUUGGAAAUUCAGCACAUAUAUCUCGGCGGUGCAGUUUUUCCGCUUCGCUCCGCAAAAUUGCGUCAUUUGCAUUCCCGCGACGCUUGUCGCGACGAGGUGUCGCGCGGCACGCUGAUGUGAUAAAUGAGAGUCCGCGAGAAGAGCACGCGACACUCCGCAGAACGGCAGGGUGAAUAAUUGGAAACCGCGGGCUCACUUGCGCUCCGAACGAGACCGACCGAUCGACUCAUUGCGCGCGGCGAUCAUCUUUUAGGAAGACGCGGAGAUGGGGGACGCGCAUUUCAAGCGCAUUUGAAGACCGGGACUCGAAUGUUUGUUAAUCGCGCGUUGCAUCUUCUCCGUGCGUCUCCUGUCAUAAAUCACUAAUGGUAUGUCGAGAGUAUCGGAUGUUUGACGCGAGUGCAUCGAUGAGUGCACCGCCAAUCGUAAUUCUAACGUGUCACUGUGUGCACGGUAAUUACAGAUUCAAGCGCAAAUAGGAUCGAUAAUUACAGAUCGAGAUUACAGAUAAAUGCGAAAAUCACUGCAGAAAAAUAAGUUCGAUUUGAACGAGCAUAAAUGGCAUAACAAUGCGAUACGAGCGAUUCUACGUCUACUUCUUCUCGGUCGGAAAAUCAUGUUUUUCUUCCGCAAGUUCGACAAAAAGAUGUAUUUACCUCAUGAUCAUCGUUGAUCAUAUUUAAUUGAGGUUGCCCAGACGAUAGAAUACGCAUGAUUGGUCCAUUAUCAGUUUUUCCUUACCUCGAUACAAGCUAUAUUUAGUUUCAAAAAUUGCGGACGAUCUAGAUCUAGUUUUGAGACGGUUUGUCGAUUCAAUUCUUUUUCGUUUGCGGAUGCCCUCUUCUUCCAUAGUCCUUCUUGCCAUGAUAA